GGGAUGAUCAAGCACUGCUUGCGCAUCGCGCAUCUCAUCCCUGUGACCGACCUUGCCAUGCCGUGAUGUUCGGACAUCCUCACAGGAGCAUCGCGGGGCGCAUCACGCAGGCGCUGCUGUCCAACGACGAGCGAGCCGAGGAAUGGGACGGCAACGACGAUGAGGUGGACAAGCGCACCAGCGCCGAGAAGCCGGACGAGGAGACCGGGGAGAAGACCCCCAACCGGCGGCGCUUCAAGUCUGUGGUCCGGAAGAUGCAGGUGAAGAACACGGCGGCCAAUGCACUGGUGCCUCAUGCGAAGGGCUGUGGUGCCAAUGGGGCGCCCGUGGACAAGUUCGGCUUCGGCGCGCGCAUGGCGAGCAUGCGGCAGUCGGUGGGCGGGCUCCUGCACGAGACGCCGAUCUCACCGGCCUCCAACUCUGUGUGCGAGGAGAUUGGCCCAGACUUCCGGCUCAUGGACCGCCGUGGGGCAUUUGGACAAUCGCGCGGACACUGGCUUCUGCAUAACAUCAUGUCCAGAACGCGGAGUGCCUGUGGCAAACCCCGAGAUACCAUGGCGGAAGUCAGCACGUUGCUCUUAGAGGACUGGUACCACACCUUUCUGGAUGCCAAGAUCGGCAAACAGUUGUGUUGCUUCCUGGUGCUCUACGUCGUGCUCUUUUGGUUCUAUGCCUUUCUAUACCUUGGGAUAAGCAAGGCCUGCAACCUUCAGCUGGAAGGGCACCUGGUGAAAGCGUACUUGUUGUCUCUCGAGACCAUGAUGACGAUUGGCUACGGCGUACCAGAUCCUUACAUGAAUGGCUGCUGGCAAGGGCCUUUCGUGCUCACCACACAGGUCCUGGUGAAUCUGAUUUUAAGCGCCAUUCUCAUUGGUGUGAUCUUCCAGGGCAUCGCCCGGCCGCAGAGUCGCGCCUGCACCAUCCUGUGCAGCGAGAAGGCCAUCAUCCGAUGUAUUGAUGGUGCCUACUACUUCAUGUUUCGCGUUUGCGACUUGCGUUCCCAGCAUUCCUUGGUGGAGCCCCACAUCCGCUGCUACUGCGUGGAACAGAGCGAUAUUCGAGGCUUCGAAACAACACAGAUGAGGCUUUUGCAGCCAGAUGAUGAGCUUGGUGCCACCUUGCUUUUGUCCAUGCCCAGCAUCGUGGUCCAUCGGAUCGAUGCCUGGAGCCCUUUGGCGCCGCACCGCCCGGACCUCUACGGCCCUGCGCCGCUGGCGCCGCCCUCGCCCAUGGGCGACGAGCCGCUGCCGCACGUGGAGUCGGCGCUGGCCAAGGCCCAUGGAAACCAGCAGCCGGACAUCUUCGCGCGGGAGAGGUCCGGCACCAUUGCCACCUUCUCUUCCUGGAACAGCACUCUGAACCGCGGAGGCUUUGGCCGUCAGACCAGUGAAGGGUGUCCACCUCGAUUUGCCCGAGCCAACAGCAGCAACGCACUGCAGAGUGCAACGAAGCCCCGCGAGCGCGGCGGAGGCUACGAGGAGAAUUUGCGCAUCCGGCGCUGGCCUUGGCCACGACAAAGGCAGGCGAGCAACGAAAUUGGCCAAGGAGAUUCAUGUGCUUGUCCCACUUGCGGGGAAACAUUUCCGACAGCCGAGACCUUGAAGUCGCAUUGCCGCUACAGCGCUGCGUCCGACCUGGCCUCCGGCAUGCCCAAAGAGGCAUCCCACAAGGAGCUCUCUCAGAGAGCUCUGGAUUUGCUGAGCCACAGAGAUCCCACCAAGUUUGAGCUCAGUCAAUACCUGGCUCGGAGCUACAAGGAGGUGGUGGUGAUCGUCGAGGGCAUCGAGCCGACCACGUCCGCGACGCUGCAGAGCCGGCACUCGUACUUGGUGGGCCCUCCGGACGCCGAAGACACCGACACGGCCUGGGACAUGGACUUCGUGGAUUGCAUCAUGGUGCCGGAAGCCGAAGAGAAGGCCAAAUCAGGUGGUUUGGGCGUUGAUCUGGGAAGGUUUCACAUGCUGACGCGUGUGGACGAGGUCGCCUGAGUACCUCACGUCAGUGUCCAGUCCGUCCAUCCCAGCAGGUCCUUUAAAGCCGGCGGGUUGGCCUUGAAGUUUUUCUCAGAAGG